UUAAAUAUUUCCGUGACUUUUAUUCUAGUAAAGUAUAUCUGAUGUUGGUGUUGAAAGUAAACAGUGCAGAGUUCUAUGGUCACCAUGGCAGCGCUAUUAAAACAGCUGUGUUUCUGUGUUCAGUCAGACCAGUGCUUUACUGAACUGGAGAUCCCACUGUGCUUUACUGCUCUCGAACUACAGCUCUACAGCUCACCUCUACACCUUCACCAGUGGCUCUACUGUGAGUCACUGGUGAUCUACACAACACCGUUCCAUUUUAACUGACCUUCAUCCAGAUACAGUUCCACUUCAUCCAGAUCAUCAACAACAGGUUCUUACACUUUUCACACCAAACACUUUCUACACCACACACUUCCUACACCACACACUUCCUACACCACACACUUUCUACACCACACACUUUCUACACCACACCCUUCCACACCACACACUUUCACACUACACACUUUCUACACCACACACUUUAAAACUACACACUUUCUACACCACACACUUUCACACUACACACUUUCUACACCACACACUUCCACACCACACACUUUCUACACCACACACUUUCUACACCACACCCUUCCACACCACACACUUUCACACUACACACUUUCUACACCACACACCUUAAAACUACACACUUUCUACACCACACACUUUCACACUACACACUUUCUACACCACACACUUUAAAACUACACACUUUCUACACCACACACUUUCACACUACACACUUUCUACACCACACACUUUAAAACUACACACUUUCUACACCACACACUUUCACACUACACACUUUCUACACCACACACUUCCACACCCCACACUUUCUUUACCAGCAGGAUCAUCAUUAUCUUCAUCAACAUGGCCAGCUCAUCGGUUCAGCAUCUCAUCCAUGGAGAAGAGGAGAAGAAGAACAAGGGAAUGAAGAGGAGCAGGUCCCAGCUGACACCUGACCAUCCUGCAGCUCCUGAUGUUUCACUAGCGAAGAGGAGGAAGAUACAGAGCUCCACCACUGUCCCUCUUACGCACUGGAUGGUCGUCAGGAACACCUUUUGUUCUCGGCUGCUGAGGUUGGUAGGAGAGUUCUUGUGCCGCCGCUGUCGACUCCUUACAGGUCUUCGUCCCACCGUUCCACCGUUUUGGAUUCAGAACGUGGACGUGGCGCUGACCGUGCUCGGAGGUCAGGAGCAGCCCUUCAUCUGCUCAGGCACCGUGGCCUUUCUGUUCAUGGUGUUGCGUGACACCGUCUCGGCGGACGUGGCCAGCGUGGAGGAGCUGCGGGCGGUGCUCCUCUCCUGCCUGUAUGUAUCGUAUGCAUACAUCGGUCAUGAGAUCUCCUACCCAGCACUGCCUUUCAUCAUGAAGACCGACAGGCAGACAUUUUGGAAGCGCACACUGGACAUCACCAAGCGCAUGAGCCGGAAGAUGCUCCAGAUCAACAUCUCGCCACAUGUCUUCGCCAAGGUCAUGUCUGACCUGAAGAAAAAUUCGGACCAUUAAUUUAUAUUUUACUUUUAAAUCGCUUAUUAGGACACACGUUGUACUAUUAAAUAUUUAUUAUUAUUACUGCUAGGAAUAAAGGCAACCAGUUUAACAUAGUAUUAGACAAGAAACCAAACAGAUUUACAACUAAAAAAAGAACCAAAAAAGAAGGUUACACCAUCAAAUAUUACUAAAAUAAUAACUAUUAUUAUGAGUAGUUCAGAAUUUGCUCACAUUUGCAGGACACUUGGACAGAACCGGACCAGGCUUGGGACAUAAGAAAGACGUGGAAGAACUGGUAGGUAUGCAGGGCAGGAAACUUCCAGACACAUUCAGCUGAUCAGUGAAGUGUCGUUAGCUACAGUUCAUAAAGCUGCAGUGUCUGGCUGCAUGUGUUUUGGAGGCGGCACAUGCUAGCCUUCACUGCUCCAGCUUGGUGGCAGCGUAUGUGAUGGAGACGAACUGCUGAUGCAGGAAAGGAGGAUUUAUGAAGGACAGAUGCACGGAAUAGGAGGAAGACAGUGACGAAGAAUGGGGAAUUGAUUAACACAGGGAGGGGCCGAGAUCAGGACAGGAACACGAAUACAGAUAGGAACAAGGACAAUGAUGUGAUUGGACACAUACUGGAUAAUAGAAGUGAGCUGAGGACGAGUCGUGAGCUAGAAAUAGGUGGAUCAGGAGAAAUUGGAUGGUGGACUGAAAACUAAACACAGAGGAUAAACAAUGUCUAAAUAUUUAUUUAUUAAUUCUAUAUUUAGUUUAGUGAUCUGUUUUGCUAUCCGGUGUCGACCAGAGGAGGACUGGUUCCCCUUUUGAGUCUUGGUUCCUCUCAAGGUUUCUCCCUCUUGAUCUGAGGGAGUUUUUCCUUGCUACUGUCGCCACUGGCUUGCUCAAAAGGGGCUCGGACCCGGAUUUAGCUAUUUAGGUUUAUUUUAUAUUAAACUGAAUAUUGGACCUGAUUAAUAUAAAAAAAAUGUGGACAGUUAAAUAUUUAUAAUGGACUAUUAUAAUAAGUAAUUACCAUUAACAUUAGCCAGAAUCAUUUUAUAUUUAUGAUACAUUUUAAUUUUUUAUAAUCAUUUUUAUGAACUCAAAUAGAUAAUCUUAAAUAAUAUUAAUAUUGUGUUAAUUGAGUUACUUAUUGUUAUAAUUUUUAUUUAUCCUAAUUAUUUAGUUAUGUAUUAUAUAUAAUUAGUCACUCAGUUAAAUAUAUUAAUUUAGUUAUUGUAUAAAGCCCCCAGUGUCAAAAAGGUAUUUAAGCAUUUUCUCUGAUUAUAAAUAAACAUUAAUCCAUUUCUUAUUUAUUAAUUAAUUAACUGGUGUUAACCAGCAAUACUACAGUGAUCCACAGCCUGGAGAAUAAGAUCUCACUGUGUGGAAAGAAUGUUCCUCUCUCUCUAUUUCAGGAACACAGGAGUAAAUGGGAGCAGCAGCAGCAGAGUUCUCCUCCUGGCAGCUGAAGUGAAGUUUCUCUGCUGUUUCUCUAAAUCAUCCUGUCUUACAGAGAAAAUCAGCUAUGAAAUGUUUUACCUCUGAAAAUCUUAAAGUAUAAAAUCAGUUAAAACUUAAA